UAUUAAAGUAAUAAUUACUUGAUUUCAACCCUUCACUUCCCAGAAGAUACCAAUUACUUGUGCUUCUGAGUUUCCUCAUCAUACCUUUCUAGAAAGAUAACCAUGGCUGAGCUUUUCCUUUCUCCGUUAAUCCAACUGCUGUUUGACCAAUUGGCGUCUGGCGAGUUGCUCAACUUUGCACGCCGAUAUGUGGGACUCGGAGAAAAGCUGAUCAAGUGGAAGCAUGCGUUGGAAGGAAUCCAGGCAGUCCUUGAUGAUGCGGAUGGAAAGCAGCAUGAUGGGAAGACAGUGAAACUGUGGUUGGAUGAUCUUAGAGACUUGGCUUACGAUGUGGAGGACAUACUUGAUGAGUUCUCCACGGAAGCUUUGCAACGCAAAUUGAAGGGAGGAGAUGAUGAUGAUCAGGCCAGCACAAGUAAGGUACGGAAACUCAUCCCUACCUGUUGCACUGGUUUAACUCCAAGUGCUCUUAAGCUCAAUCUUAGGCUGGUUUCAAAGAUAGAUGAGAUCUCUGCUCGAUUCAAUGAUAUCGUGACACAAAAAAAUCAAUUGAACUUGAAAGAAGCUGCUGAUCGUGGGAGAUCAAACAGAAGAGGAGGCACACUGGCGCCAACUUCUGUAAUGACAGAUGCUUAUGUUUAUGGCAGGGAAAAAGAUAAAGAGGUUUUACUUGAAUUGUUGCUGGGUGAAAGACGUAGUGAUGCUGGAGAUAAAGUUUCUGUGAUUCCCAUUCUUGGUAUGGGGGGCAUUGGAAAGACAACUCUUGCCAAACUUUUAUUCCAUGAUGAAAAAGUGCAAAGCUUUUUUGAGUUAAAAGCAUGGGCUUGUGUUUCUGAAGAUUUCAAUGUUGUUAGAGUCACAAAAGCAGUUUUGAAAUUGGUCACCUCUGAAAGCUGUGACGACGACGAUCUAAAUUUUUUGCAAGUCAAACUAGAGAAGAAUCUGAAUGGGAAAAAGUUUCUAGUUGUUUUGGAUGAUCUCUGGAAUGAGAACUAUCAUGACUGGACUAUCAUGCGUGCUCCUUUCCUAGUAGGGGCUCCUGGAAGUACAAUUGUCAUCACAACUCGUAAUGAAAGAGUUUCAUCAAUAACACGGUCCAUUCCAGAAUACCAUUACCGUUUGGAAGUGCUGUCAAAAGAUGCAUGUCUGUCUGUAUUUACCCAACAUGCACUGGGGGCAAGCAACUUCAGUGCACAUCCAAACCUUAAAGAUAUUGGUGAAAAAAUUGCUGAAAAGUGUAAAGGCUUGCCUUUAGCUGCAAAGACCCUUGGAGGCCUCUUGCGCACUACACAAGACCGUGACGAGUGGGAAGAUGUACUUAAGAGCAAGAUAUGGGAUAUACCAGAGGAGAGAAGUGGAAUUGUUCCAGCUCUUAUGUUGAGCUACCAUCAUCUCCCUCCACAUUUAAAAAGGUGUUUUAUGUAUUGUUCAAUACUCCCCAAGGACUAUGAAAUUGAAGAGCAGCAGAUGGUUUUGUUAUGGAUGGCAGAAGAUCUAAUUCAGUCACAACAGGGGGACAAGCAACCGGAAGUUUUGGGUAGGAAGUGUUUUCGUGAGUUGUUGUCAAGGUCAUUUUUCCAACAAUCAAGCGAGGAUGGAACACGAUUUAUAAUGCACGACCUCAUCAAUGAUUUGGCCCAAUGGGUUGCAAGAGAUAUAUGCUUUAGAAUGGAGGAUCAAAUUGAGGGUAGUAAUGGAAGGAUAUUUCCCAAAAGGGCUCGACACUCUUCUUACUUAGGUGGUGAAUACGACAUUUUUGAAAAGUUUGAGGCAUUCUCUGAACUCAGAUGUCUACGUACCUUCUUGCCUCUUAUGCUUCAACAUCAUGGGCUUUGUUAUUUGACUCAUAAUGUUCCUCAUCAAUUGUUGCCAAAACUACCAUGUUUAAGAGUGCUCUCUUUGAGUGGGUAUCGCAUAGCUGAGCUACCGGAUUCAAUUGGUGAUUUGAAGCAUCUACGGUACCUUGACCUUUCUCACACUUGGAUUACAGGCUUGCCUAAAUCAACAACCACUCUCUGCAACUUACAAACAAUGAUUCUGGAGGGAUGUUCUUAUCUAAAGAAAUUGCCUUCAAAUUUGGGCAACCUGGUCAACUUGCGCCACCUCAACAUUAUCAAUGCAUAUAAGCUGAAAACAAUGCCUCCUCAAAUAGGCAAAUUAACUCAUCUCCAAACAUUGUCUAAUCUAAUUGUGGGAAAAGGCAGUUGCUCCGCGUUAAGAGAGCUAGGUUCUUUGUUGCAUCUUCGAGGCACACUCAUCAUCUCACAAUUGGAGAAUGUCACUGAACCAAGGGAUGCAAGCGAUGCUAAGUUAAUUGAAAAGACUGAUCUUACUACGUUGUGCUUAGAAUGGAAUGCCGAAGCGUAUGAUUCACAAGACAGAACAAGUGAGCUAGAUGUACUUAACAUGUUACAACCUCACAAGGCUUUGAACGAGCUCACUAUCAGGCGCUAUGGUGGAACAAAAUUUUCGACUUGGUUAAAAGGUCAUUCAUUUCCUUGUAUGGUGGUGCUAAGGAUUGAAAACUGUAAAAAGUGUACUUCAUUGCCACCAGUCGGCCAACUACCAUCACUCAAACAACUUUUCAUUAGAGGCAUGGCAAGUGUGAAGGAUGUUGGUGUUGAGUUUUAUGGGGAAGGUUCCUCACAACCUUUUAGAUCCUUGGUGACCUUACAUUUUGAGGAUAUGGCAAAAUGGAAGAAAUUGAGCCCUAAUGGAGAGUUCCCACACUUGCGUGAGCUUUCAAUUGCAAAUUGUCCUAAGCUAUUGGGGAAGUUACCAAACCAUUUUCCUUCAUUAGGAAAAGUUGCUAUAGAAAGAUGUCAACAGUUAGUGAUUUCAAUUUCAAGCUUUCCAAAGGACUGCGAACUACAAAUUGAGGGGUCAAAAGGGACUAUGUGCGAUAGUAAGGUUGACUUUGGCUCACUACACUUGAGUUCUCUAUCAACAAUUUCAGAGUUCACACCUCUUCCAACAGAAGGGCUUCUUCUCGAAGGACUAACUCAAGUAGAAGAUCUAGCUUUUGAAAAUUGUGAGGAGCUUACGCCUUUGUGGUCAAAUGAAGUGGGAUUACUACAGCCCUUCCCCAAUCUUCGUGUUCUAAGGUUUGAUAAUUGUCCGAAACUAGUUUCUUUGGCAGCAAAAAAAGCAAACGAGAAGCCACAAUCGGAUUUGCCUUCAACACUUAGAGAAAUUCGUAUCUCUCGUUGCAAUGCCCUGGAAUCUUUACCCAAGGCAGUGAUUUACAACAACCCGUGUCUUGAGCGUAUUAAUAUUAACGGAUGUGAUUCACUGAAGCACUUUGCAAUAGGCCAGCUACCUUCAACCCUAAAGCGGCUACGUAUAGAGUCUUGCAAGAAUAUGGUGAUUUUGGUGGAUGGGGAUGAUACCAACAGUACUUGCAGUGUCAACUCAACUCUUCUUGAGCACUUGAAUAUUUCUAAAUGUCCAUCCCUCAAAUCCUUAAUCAGGAGUGGAGAAUUACCUGCAACACUCAAACGCCUCCAUAUUAGUUAUUGUUCAAAGCUGGAGUCAAUAGCGAUGAGCUUUCAUCACAACUUGUCCCUUGAAACAAUUGUUAUUGGGAGUUGUGAAAACCUUGAAUCCUUAAUCCCAAACGGAGAACUGCCCGCAACACUCAAAUUGCUAAAGAUUUACUCUUGUUCAAAGCUGGAGUCAAUAGCUAAGAGCUUCCAUCACAACUCGUCUCUUGAAAAGAUUGAUAUUCAUAGUUGUAAAAACCUUAAAUCCUUACCCACGGGCAUACACACCCUUAGCCAUCUACACAAGAUUGAUAUUAAGGAUUGUCCAGCUCUCGUUUCCUUACCAGACGGAGGGUUACUCCCUAGCAACCUUAGAGAGUUAACGAUUGAUAAUAUGGCACUACUACCCAACUGCAUACACAGCAUCAGCUCCCUUCAAGAAUUGAGGAUUUGUAGUAAUCCAAGCGUGGUAUCAUCCUUUCCGGAAAAGGGUUUUCCUGCCAACCUAACAUCACUUGAAAUCGUGAAUUGCAACUUCACUGAGGCCUUGCUUGAAUGGAGGCUGCACAGGCUUACCUCUCUUCAACAUCUUAAAAUUAUUGGUGGAUGUCUGAAUGUGGAGUCCUUUCCAGAGAAGAUGCUGCCUGCGUCUCUUACUACCCUCUUCAUCGGAAGCUUCCCCAUUCUGAAAUACCUGUCUUCCCUUCGAGACCUCGCCUCUCUUCAACAACUGCAGAUCAAUUGGUGUGAAAAUCUCACAUACUUUCCAAAGGAUGGCUUGCCUCCCUCACUCCAGCAACUUAGUAUCUUCAAGUGUCCUCUGCUGAAAGAACGCUGCAACAAGAAUAAAGGACCAGAGUGGCCCAAGAUAGCCCACAUUCCUUCCGUUCAUAUUGACUCGAGGUUCGUGUUUGACUCAGAAUAGGAGGAAUCCAUGCCUGACUCGGAAGAGGAGGAUUAGGGAGGUCUAUCGUCAAUUGACCCCCAGAUUUUGCUUAAUGUAAGACAACUGUUGAGAAGUAUAUCCAAAGCCGUGGGCGGGUCCACUAUGCAAGUCAUCGCCAUGAGCCACACACAUCACGCUGUUCAAGAGGCCUCUAAACUGUUAGUAGCAGGAGGAGAACAUGCAUCAUCCCACACAAAUAUACUUGUAAUCUCUCCAGGUGUUUGUUAAAUUGCUUCACCGACCAAGCAGAGAGUGAAAGCCUCCGAGCAUUGAAUUUUUUCAUUACUAUGAGUGCCUUUCUUGGCUUGACAAAAGAGAAGAAACCUGUAAGUUAAACACUCCCAGCCUAAACACCAAACCUAGAGCAUAUAUUGCAUUUUCUCCAAUGAUUUGGCAUCACACCCUUGUUGGUGGAACCCGAAGUAUUCAAUGAAGAUAAUGUUGGUCAUGAACAGGAUAUUGAUGGAACCAUGCGGACACGUGUCCAUAUAUUCUGGGCAAGUCCUUCUGGCGAAUGCCUUUGGAUUGGAGGAAGGAGAUGAUGGAGUGGACGAAUUCGAGGGAGGCUUCGUGUAGAGAAGGGUUUUGGGAGAGGGCUUUCCCUGAGUCGACACCCAUGAUUUCAAGGCAGAGGAUUUUCUCUUUGAUUUGGAGGGAGAUAUUUUCAUGGGUUGGUGUGUAGAGUGGGUGGUUUUGGAGGACGCUUUUGGGUUUGCUGCCAUGGGAUCGAUAAUCUGUAUUAUAAAUAGCUGGAGAGUGGAAGAAUGUCACAAGGGCUCCCAAGACAAUAAUCACCAGCACAAGUUUCAAGGUAGGUUUGCAAUUUAAAUUCCUAUCUUGGACGGAACUGUGGAGGGCCUUUGCAACAUCUUUAAAAUCUCUUCUUCUUUGAAGCUUUCUUUUGUUAGAUUCUUCACUGUACCAAGAAGGCCCAAACUUCAUCCAUGCAUGUAUAAAGGAAGUGAAAGAGAACCCAACAAGCAACAAAAUGGAUGGCAAUAAUUCAAAUGGCCGCAAAAAAGUUUAUGAUGUUGAAGACAACUUUUACAUACAAUUGCGGAUGGGACCUGUGGCCUCUUGCCACCUAUGACUUUUAUGAGUCAAAAUGGUCUUUUUAUUGCACUGUAACAUAUCUCUUAUUUUUAUAUAAUAUUGUCUUUAUUUUA